AUGAAUUCUGAUACUUAUAAUUUUAAUGAUGGUAAUGCUUUAUCAACAGUUUCAUUAAAUCCAUCAACCACCAAAUCUUUUGGAUUUGAACAUCCUCAAGAAGAACUACCAUUUGAUGAAGAUCGUAAACAUGAUUUUGAUACUACUGAAACAAUUGGUAAUAAUCCUAUUGAAACAAUAGAACAUGCUUGUGCUUAUUGUGGUGUUCAUACACCAAAUUCAGUUAUUAAAUGUAAUACAUGUAAUAAAUGGUUUUGUAAUUCAAAAACAAAUUCAUCAAGUUCUCAUAUUGUUACUCAUUUAGUUAUGUCACGUCAUAAUCAAGUUAGUUUACAUGAAGAAUCAGAUUUAGGUGAUACAACUUUAGAAUGUUAUAAUUGUGGAAAUAAAAAUGUUUUUAUGUUGGGAUUUGUAUCAGCAAAACAAGAAUCUGUUGUUGUUAUAUUAUGUCGUUUACCUUGUGCAAGAUCAAAAGAUAUAAAUUGGGAUACAAGUCAUUGGCAAUCAUUAAUUGAAGAUAGACAAUUUCUUUCAUGGUUAGCACCUGCACCAUCAGAAGAAGCAUUAAUUAAUUCUAUUAUGAUUACACCACAACAAAUUUCAAAAUUAGAAGCUCAAUGGAGAUUAAAUAGAGAUGCUACUAUUAAUGAUAUUGAAAAUACAGAUGUUCAAGAAGAAGAAGUUUUACCCAUUUUGAUGAGAUAUAAUGAUGGAUUUCAAUAUCAAAGAUCUUUUGGACCUUUAGUUAAAUUAGAAGCUGAUUAUGAUAAAAAUUUAAAAGAAUCUCAAGCAUUAGAACAUAUUCAAGUUAAAUGGGCUUUAGGUUUAAAUAAUAAACAUUUAGCAUCUUUUACUUUAUCAACUUUUGAAUCAACUGAUUUAAAAGUUGCAGUUGGAGAUGAAAUUAUUUUAAGAUAUAAUGGUAAUCAAGGUGAACCAUGGGAAGGUCAUGGAUUUAUCUUGAGGUUACCAAAUUCAUAUCAAGAAGAAUUUACUUUAGAAUUAAAUGCUUCAAAAAUUUUACCACCAACUAAUUUAACUACAGAUUUUACUGCUGAAUUUGUAUGGAAAGGAACUUCAUAUGAUCGUAUGCAACAAGCAAUGAAAGAUUUUGCAACUGAUGAUGAAUCAGUUUCUUCAUAUAUUUAUCAUAAAUUAUUAGGUCAUGAUGUUGCACCAGUUGAAUUUGAUAUUAAAAUGCCAAAAAGAUUUUCACAUCCAAAAUUAACUGAAUUAAAUAUUUCACAAACUAAUGCUGUUCGAUCAGUUUUACAAAGACCUUUAUCUUUAAUUCAAGGUCCACCUGGUACUGGUAAAACUGUUACAUCAGCUACAAUUAUUUAUCAUUUAUCACAAUUAAAUAAAGAAAAAAUUUUAGUUUGUGCACCAUCAAAUGUUGCAGUUGAUCAUUUAGCUUCAAAAUUAGAUUCAUUAGGUUUAAAAGUUGUUAGAUUAACUGCAAAAUCAAGAGAAGAUGUUGAAAGUUCAGUUGGUCAUUUAGCUUUACAUAAUAUAGUUGAUAAACAAGCAAAAGGAGAAUUAAAAAAAUUAAUAAAAUUAAAAAAUGAAGUUGGAGAAUUAUCAAUGGAAGAUUCAAAAAAUUAUAUUAAAAAUUUAAGAUCAACUGAAUUAAAAAUUUUAAAUAAUUGUGAUGUUGUUUGUUGUACUUGUGUUGGUGCAGCUGAUAAACGUCUUGGACAAUUUAAAUUUAGAACUGUAUUAAUUGAUGAAAGUACUCAAGCUUCUGAACCUGAAGUUUUAAUUCCUAUUGUAAAGGGAGCUAAACAAGUUAUAUUAGUUGGUGAUCAUCAACAAUUAGGUCCAGUUAUAUUAGAUAGAAAAGCAGCAGAUGCAGGAUUAAAACAAUCAUUAUUUGAAAGAUUAGUAUUUUUAGGUCAUGUUCCAAUUAGAUUGGAAGUUCAAUAUAGAAUGCAUCCAUGUUUAUCUGAAUUUCCAAGUAAUAUGUUUUAUGAAGGUUCAUUACAAAAUGGUGUUACAAGUGAAGAUCGUUUAGUAGAUGAAGCAAAUUUUCCAUGGCCAGUUAUUGAUAAUCCAAUGAUGUUUUGGGCAAAUUAUGGUAGAGAAGAAUUAAGUGGUAGUGGAAAUUCUUAUUUAAAUAGAGUUGAAGCAAUGAAUGUUGAAAGAAUUAUUACAAGAUUAUUUAAAGAUGGUAUAAAACCAGAACAAAUUGGUGUUAUUACACCUUAUGAAGGUCAACGUGCUUAUUUAGUUCAAUUUAUGUCAAUGAAUUCAACCAUAUUAGAUAAACGUGAUGAAUAUUUAGAAGUUGAAAUUACAAGUGUUGAUGCUUUUCAAGGUCGUGAAAAAGAUUUUAUUAUAUUAAGUUGUGUUAGAGCUAAUGAUUCUCAAAGUAUUGGAUUUUUAAGUGAUCCAAGAAGAUUAAAUGUUGCAUUAACAAGAGCAAAAUAUGGUUUAUUAGUAUUAGGAAAUCCAAGAGCUUUAUGUAGAAAUAAACUUUGGAAUCAUUUAUUAAUACAUUUUAGAGAAAAAGGUUGUUUAGUUGAUGGUCCAUUAGAUAAUUUACAAUUAUCAAUGGUUCAAUUAAAUAAUUAUCAAGCAAGAGAUAAUAAUAAAAAUGGUGGUGUUAGAAAACCUUUUGGAGCCCCUUCAACAACUUUUUCAUCAACAAAUUUUGAUUCUGCAAGUACAAUGAGUUAUUCAAAUAGUGGUAUAAAUGCAAGUAAAAAUGGUUCUACAAGAAAAUUAAGAGAUGAAUUAUGGCCAUCUCUUAAUGGUAAAAAUGAUUAUUAUGAUAAUUCAAAUACAAUAAGUGCAAAUUUUUAUUCAAAAUUAAAUAAAUUAGAUAAAAAAUAUGAUGGUGGAAGAUAUCAAGGUGAAAAUAUUGAAGAUGAUAUUAAAUCAAUUACAUCUUCAUUUGCUGCUGGAUUAAAUUUUUAA